AUGCGCAACUUGAAAAACGUGCGCCUCGCCGAGGUGCAUCUUCAGAAUGAGCUUCCUCUCACGGCUACCGCGUGGGAUACAGCUUCGGACGCUGUAAUUUGUACCUUUGGACCUACAGAGGCAAACCCCAUCAUUGAGCUUCGGAGGAAACACCAAGACAGCUACUUUACGGACCCUGUAGGCGCAGAAGUAUUUGAAUGCAUCGCAUCCUGGGAUGCGCCAUGCCCACUACCUGAUUUGCGCUGCGAUCGGGUUCUCUCACUACAUUACUUCGCGGACAAUCUCACCGCGUGCUUGGUCUUGGAGGGAGGUGAUAUCGUCGUCGUUCGUGAAGAUCCCCUUCCGGGCGAGGAGAAGAUCGAGAUCGUGGGUUCAGUCGAUGUUGGUAUCUCAGCUGCCGCUUGGUCUCCAGAUGAGGAGCUACUGGCUCUCACAACUAGAGCCAAUACCUUUCUCUAUAUGACUAGAGAGUUUGAGAAUGUUGCUGAAAUCACCUUCACCCCCGAAGAUCUUAAAGUAUCUCAGCAUGUUUCUGUCGGCUGGGGCAAGCGAGAAACACAAUUUCAGGGAAAAAGAGCCAAAGCUCUCAGGGACCCCACGAUACCCGAAAAGGUAGACGAGGGCCGAUUGAGCAGCAACGAUGACGGCAGAACUACUAUCAGCUGGCGCGGUGACGGUGCUUACGUUGCUGUGAACAGCAUCGAAGCGGGUUUUCGUCGCGUGAUUAGAGUCUAUUCUAGAGAAGGCGCUUUGGACAGCGUCAGCGAGCCAGUCGACGGUCUAGAAGGUGCCCUUAGCUGGCGGCCCUACGGCAAUCUGAUUGCGGGAAUUCAGAGACUUGAAGACAAGGUCGAGGUGGUAUUUUUUGAGAGAAACGGCUUGCGCCAUGGAGAGUUUUCGCUUCGCCUCAACGAGGAAGAAAGAGCAUCCUGGGCCUCCGAUAUACACCUCAGCUGGAAUGUCGAUUCAACAGUCCUGGCCGUACUGUUCCGAGAUCGCAUACAGUUCUGGACGAUGGGUAACUACCACUAUUAUCUCAAGGAAGAGGUUCCUGUGGUGGUCGACCCGGAUUAUCCUCAUCCUUUUGCCUUCAAAUGGCAUCAAGAGAAGGCUCUACGCUCUGUUGCUUGUGGCUCAGCGUCUAUUCUGGACCUGGAUUUUGUCUUCGACGUUUCCCAUGGUUCGACCUUCGCACCUCAUGACGUCGGUGCUGUUGCUGUGAUCGAUGGAAUGGACUCGAACGUCGUCGAUGUCGCAUUCAGCAAGUCUGGCACCCGGAUAGCUGUCCUCAUGAAAGAUUGCUUCUCUAUCUACAUGUGGUCACUGAAGACUCGUCCUGUUCCUUCUCCAAUACUCGAGUCUAGCCAUCCCUUGCCGGACAAUCUAGACAAUCGGCCGCGACAGAUUGCUUUUUUGAACGAGAAUGAAGUCUACAUUCUCAGGAACAGCGGACCUAACAGUACAUGUAUUCAAAAGACAACGCUCGAGACUCGAUCAACGACGACCGUCUACCAAACAACAGACUCGGGGCAGAUUCUCACAAUUUUCCCGGCCGUUGGACAUGAAGCUUUGUGGUUUUCGCAUGUCCCUCAACCUGGACGUCCAAUCGCGUACUGUAUCCUAAAGGCCUCUCCUGAAGAAGACGUCCAAGUUGACUCCUGGGACCAGAGUCCUGCUGUCGACACUCACUGGGCUCGGGCUGUCCACUUGUCAGAUGAUGAGCGCAUUUUGAUUUCUUUAUCGAGGACCGGAGCCCUUUAUGCAAAUAACCAGCUGCUUGCAAAGAAUUGCACUUCCUUUCUCGUGACCCAAGCCCACAUCUUGUUUACUACUUCCCAGCAUCUUCUCAAGUUUGUUCACUUGACAAAAGCAGAAGAGAUGGAGGUUCCUGCCGACACCCCCGAGACAGACGAACGAUGCCGAAGUAUCGAGCGUGGAAGCAAACUGGUAUCCGUCAUGCCCUCUAAGUUCGCUGUCACCCUCCAGGCGCCCAGGGGCAACAUAGAGACAAUCUACCCUCGAGCUCUGGUCUUAGCCGGCAUCAGAAACUACAUCGACAGAAAGGACUACCGCUCCGCGUUCCUUGCCUGCCGCAGCCAGAUGGUAGAUAUGAAUAUCCUUCAUGAUUAUGCACCUGAACAAUUCCUGGAAAACGUCGCAUUAUUUUUAGAUCAAGUGAAGAGAGUCGAUUUCAUCGAUGAGUUCCUGUCCCGGUUGAGUGAGGAUGAUGUCUCACAAACCUUGUACAAGGACACCCUGAAGACACCCAGGGAGGUUCAAACCACAACUCAGCCAGAGGGUACAGCCUCUUUCAAGCCGACAACUAAGACCAGCAAGGUCAACCGUAUCUGUGAUGCUUUUCUGGCCACCCUUGAGAAACGCAUGGACACCAACUUGCAUAACCUCGUCACUGCACAUGACCCCCGAGAAUACCUCCCAUUCCUGCGGAAACUCCAGCAGCUUCCUGAAGAUCGACGCCGUUUCGAAAUAGACAACUAUCUUGGCCGCUGGGCCAAGGCUCUGAAGCAUCUCCACGCUCUCAACGCAUAUGACGAGAUACGCGUUUAUGUCAUAAAGCAUGAGCUGUAUAAAGAAGCAAUCGACUUGUUUAAGUAUCAGCCGGAGCAGCUGCGUGACAUAACACAUAUCUAUGCUGACUUCCUACACGACCACUCCAAAUACAAAGAAGCAGGAAUCGCUUACGAGUCUCUCUCGCUCUACGAAGAUGCAUACAAGUGCUAUCACCUGGCGCACCUCUGGCGCGAGUCGCUAUACUGUGCCCUGAUGGUUCCCCUAUCGGAAGCCGACCUCACCGCCCACGCACUUGCUCUAACGACAACACUGACAGAAGAAAGCCGUGACUAUGUCUCUGCAGCUCAAAUCCACGCAGAGCAUCUGCACGACAUUCCGGCAGCCGCCCGCCUCCUCUGCCGCGGCUCCCGCUUCGCGGAUGCCACGCGUAUCCUCACGCUCCACGGCAAGAAGGAUCUGAUUCCAGAGAUUGUGGACACAGGUCUUGCAGAUGCCAUGGGAGCCACGACGGACCUCCUCGCUGACUUCAGGUCGCAGUUGAACGCCCAGGUCCCUCGUAUCCGAGAACUACGUGAACGCCGUGCUGCUGAUCCCCUGGCGUAUUUCGGUGGUGAUCCAACCACCGACGACCUCGGAGUCGAUAUUCCAGAUAAUGUCUCUCUAGCUCCCACGGACGCCUCCACACUGGCUGGUCGCACCAUGUUCACGAGGUACACCGGCAAAACGGCAUCCUCACGACAUACGUCCAAGACCCGACGGCGAGAGGAGCGGAAGCGGGCACGUGGUAAAAAGGGCACGGUCUACGAAGAAGAGUACCUAGUCAACAGUGUGCGGCGACUCAUUGAACGGGUCAACUCGACUGUUCCCGAGGUGGAAACGCUUGUUGAUGCACUCCUGCGGCGAGGGAUGCGCGAGCGCGCCGUUGCUAUUGAAAAGGCUAUGCAGGAAGUGCUAAAGAUGUGUGCUCAAAGUAGGGAGGAAGUGUUCGGCGCCCUGGAACAGAAUGAGAGUGAAAAAAAUGCCGCAGAGGGGCUUGACAAGGAAGACGUUGACGGUGCUGAAGAACUUAGACCACGUGGAGGGCAGCGCGUGUUCGCUGAGAGUGUCAGGUCCGUGCUCGGCACCAGCAUCCCAGGGCGGGAAGUCCCACCGGUCAAGGAAAUGAAGAAAUCUGCCCUGCUGAACUAG